AUGUCCUCCACUGACACCCUUUCUGCUGCUGAUGGUGCUCUUCUCUCUCCUGAGGAUGCUACUGAGUACAGGAGUAUUGUUGGUGGCCUGCAAUAUCUGACGAUCACGCGUCCUGAUCUCUCCUUUGUGGUUAACAAGGUGUGCCAGUAUCUUCAUGCUCCCACUGAUGUACACUGGUCUGCUGUGAAGCGCAUACUGCGUUAUGUGCGUCUCACUGUCUCCUUUGGUCUUCACCUGCGCCCCAGGUCCUCCGGAGUUCUUUCUGCAUUCUCUGAUGCUGAUUGGGCUGGGUGUCCAGAUGACAGGCGAUCCACGGGGGGACAUGCUGUGUUCUUGGGUCCUAAUCUGAUCGCCUAG